CUCUCUCUUCACAAGUCUCUGUCUCUGUGUGGUUGGUUCUCUCUGUCUUUCUCUCUCUACCUUCUUCGAGUCUCAUCCUCUCUACGAUUUCCUCUUCUUCGAUCCACUCAUCACUUUUUUAAGGCAACAAUGAGCGACCAGGGAGAUAAGACAUGUCCUCUCUGUGCUGAGGAGAUGGACUUGACAGAUCAGCAGUUGAAGCCUUGCAAGUGCGGAUAUGAGAUAUGUGUCUGGUGCUGGCAUCACAUUAUGGAUAUGGCUGAGAAGGAUAAUACAGAUGGGCGGUGUCCAGCAUGUCGCAUUCCUUAUAACAAGGAAAAGAUUGUUGGCAUGGCAGCUAAAUGUGAUAAGGUAGUGGCUGAGAUGAGCACUGAAAAAAGAUUGUCGUCUCGCAAGGGAAAAAGUAAAACAGCAGAUUCUAGGAAGCAACUCAGCAAUGUGCGAGUCGUUCAAAGAAAUCUUGUUUAUGUUAUGGGGUUGCCACUCAGCCUAGCUGAUGAAGAUCUUCUACAGCAGAAAGAGUAUUUUUUGAAGUAUGGGAAGGUUCUGAAGGUGUCUAUGUCUCGUACAGCUGCUGGUGCUAUUCAACAAUUUGCAAAUAAUACUUGUAGUGUAUAUAUAACCUAUUCAAAGGAGGAGGAAGCAAUUCUGUGUAUUCAGUCUGUACAUGGGUUUGUUUUAGAUGGUAGGCCUCUAAGAGCUUGCUUUGGAACCACAAAAUACUGUCACGCUUGGUUGAGAAAUGUGCCCUGUACCAAUCCUGAUUGUUUAUACUUGCACGAGAUUGGGUCACAAGAGGAUAGCUUUACUAAAGACGAAGUCAUAUCUGCUUACACAAGGAGUAGAGUUCAACAAAUUGCUGGGGCCAUUAAUAGUACGCAACAGCGAUCAGGGAGUGUGUUACCAUCCCCAGCAGAGGAGUACUGCAGUCACAGCUCUGCUGCUUCAGGGAAACCUAUUAGUAAAAAUGCUGCUACUAAUUCAGUACCCAAUGUUAGAGGCUCACCACCAAAUAGUAGCUCUGGUAGAUCCGCUGCUCUUCCUGCUGGAGCUUUAUGGGGAACACGUGCAUCAAAUAAUCAGCAGCCACCUGCCAGUGUACCAUGUUAUAAUGGACCUCUUAAUAAGAAGCCGGAGACAUGUAAUCCAGCAGCGUUUUCUACAGCUGUUGGAAGCACAAGUCAGGUUUCUUUACUGCCUGCUCAUGCAGGAAAAAAAGCAGUUCAUACUUUAGAAAAUGGAACUACUGAAGAGAAAGGGAACAUAGAGACUUUAGAACCUGUCAAGCAGUACGCAGGAGCAGAUCCUCGAACCUAUACUUCUGAGAACCCCUCUCUUCUGGUACCUCCUGCUUCGUCAUCUAUAAACACUCAGUUACAUAACGUUCCGUCAUUAAAGGACAAACAUAAACAUAUAAUGCCAAACAGUACCACAAAUGCCUUUGAUAUUUCUGUAAUGUCUAAUGGAGCUGGCUUUGCAAAAGAUUCCAAUGAUACCACAGAUAUUAAGAUCCAGUAUAUAUGCUCUGAUAUGUCGUCGUUGAGCAUUGAUAGACAUAAAAAAUCACAGCGCAGCUACAUUGAGCAAGGUAGGGAGCCCUUGCCAUCUGAAAUGACUGGGGAAUCUGUGGUUUCUGCAGAUGAGAUUUGUAUCUCAAAAGAAAAGUCUGAUUUGAGAUUUGAUGCGCAUACUAAAGUUAUACAAGUUGCUACUCCUGAAAUGGAGGAUGAUUUGCUAUCCUUUAAUGAGCAGAGACAUAGGGAUCCAGAAGUAAUUAUCGAGAAAGUCUAUUCGCCAAAUCUUUCCCCCUCUUUAUGCUCUCCAGCGCAGCCUAGUGGUUAUUCUCCUCAGCUGACUAAUGGUGGUGGACCUGUCAAGAAGGCCAGUAUGCAGUUAGACAGGAGAACUGAUUCAGUAUCUCAGGCGUCUACUAUUGAAUCAUCGACUAAUGGAUACCUGGGCAAUCUAUCAAAUUGUGUGGCUGAUUUGCGAACUAUCAAUGGAAGUUAUUAUCCGUUGCCUAACGAGGGUAAGAGGAUGCAUGUGGAAAAGUUUGAAGGUGAAGCUCCUAGCGAGAUCUAUAGUACUAAGGUUGAUAAUGGAGAGAGCAGUAUAAUAUCUAAUAUUUUGUCUCUGGAUUUUGAUCCUUGGAAUGCGUCAUUAACUUCUCCUCAGAACCUUGCUAAGUUGUUGGGAGAGACUGAUAACCAACAAGGGUCUCUUAGAGUGUCAAGCUCAAGAAAAUUAACCAGUAACCAAUCGAGGUUCUCUUUUGCAAGAGAAGAAGAACCUGCCAGUCCAUCAGCUGAUUUUCAACCGCCUCUAAGUUACAUUGAGCAAAAUUUUAGUCAUUUUGCUCAUGGUCAUGAUUUUUCUAAUAGCAGAAGUUAUCAACUUGAAAAUAUUGGUACUCGUAAUGGUUUCUCUGUAGCGAAUAAUGAGGAAUCAGUUGGUUAUGGCAACAGCUUUUCUCAUCUCUCUUCUAACAAGCUAUCAGUGUCCAGACCUCAGAUGUCAGCGCCUCCAGGGUUUUCAGCACCAAACAGAGCACCACCCCCGGGAUUUACUUCUCAUUAUGAGAGAAUGGAACAGAAGUUUGACUCUCUCCAUGGGAGUCACUUGCUUGAUACAUCCUCGUUGCACAAUCAAUAUCAGGCUCCGCCAGUUGGAAAUGUGAGUAAUGGGGACAUUGAGUUUAUGGAUCCUGCAAUUCUGGCAGUUGGUAAAGGGAGGAUUCCUAAUGGCUUUGAUCUCUCAAGCUUGGACAUGUCUUCAGGUUUUUCUCCACAGUUAAGCACUUUAGAAAAUGAGAGAAGGCUUCAAUUACUGAUGCAAAGAUCUCUAACUCUGCAACAGAACCAGAGGUUUGCUGAUAUGGGGGACAAUUUUUCUCCAUACAGUGAUGCAUAUGGAAUUUCUUCCAGGGUUGUGGAGCAAACUCUGGCCAGCAAUCAAUUCCCAUUUGAUGGAAUUUCUCCCAGGGUUAUGGAGAAAACUAUGCCCAGCAAUCAAUCAUCAUUUGAUGGAAUUUCUUCCAGGGUUCUGGAGCAAGCUCUGUCCAACAAUCAACCUCCUUUUUCACAGCCGAGUCAUCCCCAGACCAUGAACUCUGUCAUGUCAAAUGGCCACUGGGAUGGCUGGAAUGGGGUUCAGAGUGGAAAUAAUUUGGGUGUAGCGGAACUCCUCCGAACCGAAAAUGUGGGCCUUAACAAGUUCUUUACUGGAUAUGAGGACCCAAAGUUCCGUAUGCCCAAUUCUGGCAAUUUGUAUAAUAGAACAUUUGGGAUGUAAUUGUGGAUCAGAGGUUUUAUUGAGCUGAGUAGUUAUCAAAGAAUCAACGUAUCAGAAUGAUCAUAUGUGACUAACUGAUUUGAUCUCGAGAUGCUCAAAUGGCUGAGAAGACGUGAGGAAACAACGGACUCACUCCUGGUAAGGCGAGGCUGAUUCAUGACUGUCUGCAUGAAGCUGGCUUUCAGAUUGGUGAAGGAAUAAACCCCCUUAAAUAGGGUAUCCGGAAACCAACAGUCGAAAGCUGAGGUCGAUGCUCAACAUGGUGGUUUAGACGGAGCGUCAUGCUUGACUGGUUCCGCAGAUGAUUCUCCUGUCAGUGUUCUUGGAUGUGGGUGGAGAAUCAGGUUAUAUUAUUGAAGGAACACAGCUCAUUUUUGUCAAGAACAAUAAUACUGUAGCUUGUUUGCGGGAUUGUAAGUAAAAUUGGGAUGAGUUGAAUAAGUUGAAAUCUGUUUUAUAUUGCUCUUUCGCCUCUAUGUUGGGAACGGAUUUCAACUAUGAGGUGGACAAGAUUACUAUUGCCGUGACCAGAUAAAUGUUUCAUUGUUUGUUGAAGAUGGGGAAUAAGCUGCUUAUUCUUCCCAAUAUCAUGUAGGAAGGGAAACUAAGGCACUUUUGUUACAACUUGUCAAAAUUGAUCUGUCCUAGGGCAGUCAGGCACUUGCAUAAUUUUUGCCGUGUGUUCCCCAAGUUGAAAGAUGGGCGGGAGUUUGGUUUUGCUCCUUUUUGCUGUCGUCUUUGGAGGUUCUAAAGACUGAAGGAGGAAUGUAUGAUCUAUCUUGUGACAUGCCUUGUUUUUUAUUUCUUGUUUGUUUUCUUGA